GAUGUCCCAUUGGCAUAACCAAAUAAACUUACAUAAGAGAGAGAUAUGGUUGGUAUCUGCCUAUAAAAACUAUCAGAUGGAUAAAAUUGCACAGUAUAAGGGCAGAAAUAAGCCUAAAACUGGAAAGUUUAUCACUGGUGGAAUAAAUAUUUGUUCAUACGCUAUUCCUCAGCAAUUUUCUAUUCGUAUCUUUUAGUUAUUUAUAUGUGUGUAUGUGUAUAUGAAUGGAUAUGUGUAACGCAUACAGUUAUCUGGAAAGGAAAAACAAACAACUGAAAGUAAUUUAUUUCAUCUACGUGUAUGCAGAUAUAUUUAAUACAAGUUAAACUGGAUAGAGAAUAUAUGAAUUUAAAUGUGAUUGGAAUAAAUACAUUUUAUCCUUAUACAAAUAUGACUACUACCGACAAUAAUACUAAUAUUAAUAAUCAUAAUAAUAAUAGUGCUCAAUUGCAUAACCUUGUGGAUAACACACAUGUAGAUUAUUUUAACUCGCUAUGUUCUUUGAAACCAGAUAUUCAUACAACGUUUUCUGCUACCAUUGAUAAUCAUAAUAAUCACAACUUUUUCAGUAGUUCAACGGACAUUCCUGUUGAGUCUAUGUUGAAUAAUUAUGGUUUAUUCGACCCGACGACAUCUCAUUUACCUAGAUUUGCUAGUACCGUAACCACUUGCACAAUCAGUAACAUAGGUAAAAAUAGCAGUGCAGUUAACAACAACAAUAGUUAUCUAUACUAUCAUGGUCGCAGCUAUUCGCGUAGAACGAAUGCAGAUAGGAUAAGAAAGGUGAAACAUUCACGAAUUAACAGAGCUUUACCAUCGUCAUCCGCAUCGUCAUCGUUACUAUGGUCAGGGAAGAAAACAAAAUCAUCAAUAAUGAAUUAUGGCAAACUUCACAACCGUGGAAUAAGAUUACAUUCAGUAAAACCACCUUAUUCAUAUAUUGCAUUAAUUACAAUGGCUAUUCUACAUUCACCACAUAAACAUUUAACAUUAGGUGGAAUUUGUGAUUUUAUUAUGUCGAAUUUUCCUUACUACCGUGAACGUUUUCCAGCAUGGCAAAAUUCUAUAAGACAUAAUUUAUCAUUGAACGAUUGUUUUAUGAAGAUACCACGUGAACCUGGUAAUCCAGGCAAAGGUAAUUACUGGACCUUGGAUCCAAAUUCUUUAGAUAUGUUUGAUAAUGGCAGUUUUUUACGACGACGUAAACGUUAUAAACGUCUAAGUUUUGACAAUAGCAGCAAUGCUUGUUUUUACAAUUAUUCCGAAUUUAUCGACAUCUGUAAUAGUAAAAGACAAAAUAAUGAUCGCGUUAAUUUAUUAAAUCAAACUGAGACUUCUACUACUUCUUCUACCGCUAUGGAUAGCAGGAUAUGUAGUAGCAUUUAUCCUCAAGUCAUUGUGGACAAAAACAGUAAUGUCCUUACUAACGCAUAUCAUUCUGACUUUGAUAGUAAUACACGUGUUUUAAUCAAGACAAAUACUACUACCAAAACAAGUAAAUCCAGUAAUGCUUCAUCACUAAAUGAAAAUGUUUUAAAUGUUUGCACCACCAAAAAUGAUUUAAAGAAUGACUGUAUAGUGGAUAACUGUAUUCAAGAUAAUAAAUAUCUUGAGGAAAAAUCGGAAAACAUGUUAGAGUUAAUUGACAAAACUACUAUUCCAUCAGCGUGUACAAUAUCUAUGUGUACACCACAUUCUGUUCAUAAUUCCAAUUUACCUCUGACGUCUUCAUCAUCUGCAUCGUCAUCAUUAGUGAGUGGACCGUUAUCCUCUUGUUCAGUUGAUCCGAAUAUACCUUAUAUAUUCCAUUCGCUGUAUCAAACACAAAAUAAUUCAGAUAUAAAUAAUCAAGAAUACAUACGAAAUUCACUGUCAUUUAAUAUUGAUCACAUUUUAAAUUCAACUAAGAAGAACAAUGAGACAACCUCAUUACUAACAUCUUCAGUCUUGCCCUUCGAUUCUUUAUCUCAUUCUUCUUCUUCUUCUUCUUCUUCAUCAUCAUCAUCAUUAUUAUUAUUUACACCACUGGAAAAGAGAAAUUCUGAAGUAGUUAAACCAUUGUUUCCUUCAUCUUUAUUGUCACGUGAGUCUUAUACUCAUUUUUUAUCAAAUCUGUCCAAUAAUACUACUAUCAUCAAUUCUAAAUUAAAUAAUAAUAAUAUCACUGAUGAUGAAAUGAAUUUAUUUAACAAUGAAAAAUUAUUUCAUCAUGCUUAUUUUAUGCAAAUUUUAUCAAAUCGAAAAUUUAAUUUUCCAGAGCAUUUAUCAUCAUAUUGGAAUGGAAUUGAAUCAAUGGAUUGGUUUAAUACAAAUAUAAAUAUUCAACUUUUAUCUCAUUUUAUCCAAUCUGUUCUACAUACAAAUUAAUCAGGAAUUGAGAAAAAAAGAAGAAAAAAAAAUUCUUUUCUUCAAAAAAAAAACAACAAAACAAACAAAGAACAAACCAAUUUAUGUUACGGAUUGAAAAUGAUUUAUUUGUAUAUGACUUUAUAAAGUGGUCUAUAUAUAUGUUCUUCAAUGGAAACAAUAAAUUCUUUGCUUCUAUUGUAUAAUGAACAUGAAUCUCAGGUGGUUUUGUUUUGUUUGUUGACCUUUUUUUUCUGUCAAAGAAAUCACCUAAUGAUUAUGAUUGAACAAAAUUAUUCUCUUUACACAACUUAACUGUUUCAAUCUAAUAUGUAACUUAAGUUCAAAUGAUUUCUUCUUUUUUUUAAACAAAGAAGUUAUGCAUAAUAUCAUUAUAUUGUUCAUAUAUAUAUAAGUUGCUUAUAGCAUAUGUAUAUUGUAAUGAUUCUAAAAUAAGUCUUUUUUUUCAUAUUUUAUUAAGAAUUUUCUUGUUCUCAUUCAUUUUUCAAUUCGUUUCUUUAUUGAAUUUAC